GUUAGUCACCUGUCGUCAGCACGAAGUUCAGUAUCGCGCAGUAUCGCGUGUACACUGUUAACAACAACAACGAGAAAUUUAUUUCUUGACGUUUUCACCUGUCAAGUUUCAUCUUCUUUACAAUUUAGUUAGGAUUUUUAUUUUUUUUUAUAUAAAAAUUUGUAUUUUAGUAAUAAUAAGUAAUGGCGAAUGUAAGACAGACUCCGCUCACUUGUAGUGGUCAUACAAGACCCGUUGUGCAUUUAGCGUUUUCCGACGUCACUGAAUCCGGAUAUUAUGUUAUUUCAGCGUGUAAAGACGGAAAGCCGAUGUUGAGACAGGGCGAUACUGGAGAUUGGAUCGGUACAUUCGAGGGUCAUAAGGGGGCAGUUUGGGGUGUAGCAUUAAACCCUCAGGCCACCAGGGCAGCGACUGGAGCUGCAGACUUUAAUGCAAAAGUUUGGGACGCAAUAAAGGGUGAAGAGAUUCAUUCCUUUCAACAUAAUCACAUUGUAAAGUCUGUGAACUUCAGUUCCGACUCGAAUUAUCUUUGCACUGCCUCAAACGAGAAACUCGUUCGCAUUUAUGAUCUUAAUAAACCGGAAGCAGCACCUCAGGUGUUUUCAGGUCAUACGAGUGGCAUUAGACACGUUACCUUUUUUAACAAUGAUACGAAUCUAGUUUCCUGUGCGGAUGAUAAAACACUGCGAGUCUGGGACAAGAAUAGCGGUCAGGAAAUUAAACGUUUGGAUUUUCCUGCUAUACCCAGUUCGAUGGAAGUUUCCAAAGAUGGCAAAAUAUUCACUACUACUCAUGCGAAUAUUGUUUCGUUUUGGGAUAGCAAAGAACUGACCAAGAUACGCGAUUAUACAGUCCCUACACAAGUGAAUAGCGCGAGUUUACAUCCGGAUUGCACUAUCUUUGUUUGUGGUGGUGAAGAUCUCAAGAUGUAUAAAUUUGAUUAUACAUCUGGCACUGAAAUUGAAUCAUUUAAAGGACACUUUGGUCCAGUGCAUUGCGUGAGAUUUUCGCCGGACGGUGAAUUGUACGCGAGCGGCUCUGAAGACGGAACAUUGAGAUUAUGGCAAACAACUGUGGGGAAAACCUAUGGUCUGUGGCGAUGCAUCGAACAACCAAUUUUACAAGAGAAUAGUUCUGUUAUGAACAAUAAACACGAGGUUCCUGCUAACUAAGUCAAAUUGAUAAUUUAUUCUUUUUUUUUCUUUUGCCUCUGAUAAUUAUCAGAGACAUUUUCCACAGCGUGAUUCAAUUUUUGUCUCCAUGAUAUUAAUACUUACAAGAACACAAGAAAAGAAGAAAAAGUGGAGAAGAAGUUUUAGAAUAACUAAGUCAGGGAAUAGAUUUUGUACAAUCUACUUGUGCCGAAAUCCUUUGUACAUAUUAUAAUAGACUUUUAGAUAAACACUGCAA